AUGCCUCAUUCGACUCGAGGUCCUUCGCCUGGUCGAAUUGCACAAACGAGCUUCAAAUUUCCUGGUGAUACGAAGGCCAGCUCGCGCACAUCCAUGGAGAAGUUUCCAGAUCUCGAUACCUCCGAUACCUUCGAUCAAUAUGAUGGACAACAUCCUCAUAACUCACGAAAGUCCAAUGGAUAUCCCAGUGGUCCUCCUCCACUGGAUCGUUGGCAGGCACAAAGAAAUGGUAGAAUGGGAGGGGAUUCUUGGACAAACGGAGAAUCGAAUAAUGGCAGAGGACACAGAAAACAAAAGAGUUUGAGUGAUGCAUUUAAGACAAUUAAGUCGAGAAAGGGGAGUAUGAGUGCCAAUGUACAUGAAAUUUCGGAUGCCUUAAAGGCUCCAGUCUCUCCUAAAUUAAUUGUCUUAUGUAUAGUAUGGUAUCUUUCAAGUGCCUUGACAAAUACAUCUUCGAAAUCGAUUCUGAAUGCUUUCCCGAAACCUGCGACUCUUACUCUCAUUCAAUUUGCAUUUGUCGCAUUCUAUUGUCUGUUUUUCUCCUGGCUUUCCGCGACUUUUCCACAACUCAAAAAGGCAAUUCCAGCUCUACGACAUGGAAUUCGAUAUCCCACAAGAGAAGUCAUUAUGACUACACUACCUUUAGCGGCUUUCCAAAUCGGUGGUCAUCUUCUAUCUUCCACGGCGACAGCUAAAAUUCCGGUCUCACUAGUUCACACAAUCAAAGGGCUUUCCCCCUUAUUCACAGUGGUCGCAUAUCGACUUAUAUAUAAUAUUCGUUAUCCAGUGGCUACAUAUCUCUCCCUCGUUCCUCUCACACUCGGUGUCAUGCUCGCCUGUUCCGCAGAAUUUAGAGGAAAUAUAUUUGGUAUAAUCUACGCUUUCCUCGCAGCCAUAAUAUUUGUCACCCAAAAUAUAUUCUCCAAAAGGCUCUUCAAUGAAGCCGCAAUCGCAGAAGCAGCAGGUCAACCGCGUACCAAUAAAUUAGAUAAGCUCAAUCUCCUCUGCUACUCGUCGGGGCUCGCUUUCCUUGUUACAUCACCUAUCUGGUUCUGGUCAGAAGGUAUCACUCUCUUAGGUGAUUUCUUUCACGAUGGAUCUCUUGAUUUGAGUUCCCACCCCGAAGCCUUCGACCACGGACGUCUAGCCCUCGAAUUUGUUUUCAACGGAACAUUCCACUUUGGUCAAAACAUCAUCGCAUUCGUUCUCCUUAGCAUGGUUUCUCCCGUCACCUAUUCUGUUGCCUCUCUCAUAAAACGUGUCUUCGUCGUUGUAAUCGCUAUAAUCUGGUUCCAAAACCCUACAACCAAAAUUCAAGGUCUGGGCAUUGCCCUCACAUUCUUCGGUCUCUACCUCUAUGACCGGACCAAGGGUUCCAACAAAGCAGACCGCAAAGCCAAAAUGUUAAAUAUUAAAGAAGAAUCUCUUCUCCCUCUAAACACAACCUCCGGUAGACUCACACCCGACACUCAAGCCCAAGUCCUCUUUGAAUCUCCAAUCCAAGCACGAGGUGGAGGAUACUCAUUGUCGUCUGGAAAUUCGGAUAACAAGAGAUCAGAUGACAAUUCAUUUGACAGAAAUGGGAGGCUGAGGGGUAGUAGUAAUGCUUCUUGGCUACCGCCUGGAACGAAACAGGAGGAUACUUGGAAACCCAGAGAGAUUAUCGCGAAUGGACCUGGGAACGGGAAUGGAAAUGGAAUUUCUGUCAACUAG